UCACAUACCAAAAUUAAACACAAAAUUUCCUCAAUUAUCAACUCUCCACAAUUAACACAUCACAUGCAAAAUCCAAAUAACAUACAUCGUAUCAUAAAUUGUCGCCGACCAGUGCCACAUCACAAGAAGAUAAGAACCACGGAACCCAACCAAACUUAUUAUUCCUCUGUACCAACGUGACAUCUCAAAUCUCCGAUCUGUCAUCUAAAAUUCGGUAAGCGACACUUUAUCACAGCUCAGCACCACGUUCCAAAACCCUUAGUUGGGGCAUUUUCGCAAACACCUGAAGGCUAAAAAUAAUAAAACCGUUUCGGUGAAACGUAUAAAUCUUUCGAGGAAGAAGAAGGAGGAGGAGGAAAGAAUGAGUUUCAGAGAGGACAGCGGCGAUGGAAGGGACCUUCAGAAACCGUUCCUUCAUACGGGAAGUUGGUAUAAAAUGGGUUCCAGACAAUCCAGCGUUGCGGGGUCCUCCACUACCCAGGUUUUGCGCGAUGGCUCCGUUUCUGUUCUCUUCUGUGUCCUCAUCGCUGCUUUGGGUCCCAUUCAAUUCGGUUUCACGUGUGGAUAUUCUUCUCCAACGCAACAAGCUAUAAUCAAAGAUCUAAAACUCUCGGUUUCAGAGUUUUCUCUGUUUGGAUCUUUAUCCAAUGUGGGUGCGAUGGUGGGAGCUAUAGCCAGUGGUCAGAUAGCAGAAUACGUGGGGCGCAAAGGGUCAUUGAUGAUUGCUUCAAUUCCCAAUAUAAUAGGGUGGCUCGCCAUUUCUUUUGCCAAAGACUCUUCCUUUUUGUUUAUGGGGAGGUUAUUGGAAGGUUUUGGUGUUGGAAUUAUUUCUUAUGUGGUGCCUGUUUAUAUAGCUGAGAUAGCACCUGAGAACAUGAGAGGUAGCCUUGGAUCAGUGAAUCAGCUCUCUGUUACUAUCGGAAUAAUGCUGGCUUAUCUGUUGGGCCUUUUUGUCAACUGGAGAGUGCUUGCAAUCCUAGGAAUUUUGCCUUGUACAAUAUUAAUACCUGGCUUAUUUUUCAUACCAGAAUCUCCUAGAUGGUUGGCUAAGAUGGGGAUGAUGGAUGAGUGCGAGACUUCGUUGCAAGUGUUGAGAGGAUUUGACACAGAUAUAUCUGUUGAAGUACAUGAAAUUAAGAGAGCUGUGGCAUCAACUGGAAAAAGAGCUACAAUCCGAUUUGCAGAUCUCAAGAGGAAAAGAUAUUGGUUCCCUUUAUCGAUAGGAAUUGGAUUACUUGUACUUCAGCAAUUGAGUGGUAUUAAUGGAGUUUUGUUCUAUUCAACUAGCAUCUUUGCAAAUGCAGGAAUCUCAUCCAGCAGUGUUGCUACCGUUGGACUUGGAGCUAUUCAGGUGAUAGCUACUGGAAUAGCUACUUGGUUGGUGGACAAAAGUGGGCGGAGGGUGCUCUUAAUAAUAUCCUCAUCUUUAAUGACAGUUAGCCUUCUCGUUGUUUCUAUAGCAUUCUUUCUGGAGGAACUUGUGUCUGAGGAUUCACAAUAUUUCAGCAUUUUGGGAAUGAUAUCUGUUGUUGGCCUUGUGGUUAUGGUAAUUGGGUUCUCUCUAGGACUUGGACCAAUCCCUUGGCUUAUAAUGUCUGAGAUACUUCCAGUGAAUAUAAAGGGCCUUGCUGGAAGUACAGCAACCAUGGCUAAUUGGCUAGUUUCGUGGAUCGUCACAAUGACAGCAAACUUGCUUUUGACUUGGAGCAGUGGAGCGACAUUCGCAAUCUACAUGGUGGUAGCUGCUUUCACUCUUGUAUUUACAGCGCUAUGGGUGCCCGAGACCAAGGGAAGAACAUUGGAAGAAAUUCAAUUUUCCUUUAGAUAGAGUAUGUUUUGGGAGAGCAUACUCGAGGUCUCUGAUAUUAAAAUGAUGUGUGUAUGAUAAGAUGUAUUUUUACAGUGUUUUGCAUUUACUAAUUUUUUGCAGCAAAUGUAAGAAGGGAAAAAAACAGUACAUUGCUUAUUUUUUUUAUGUACAUGCUGCUGUGAUAAAGAAUAUGUAAUAGCCAAAGAAUGAGAAAGGAAGUUACAGAAGUUACAUUCUGCCUUGGCUAUUGUAAAUAAGAGGUUACAUUCUACUAAGUUUAUACAGUGAAUAAGUUACCUACAUUGGUAUA